AGCAGGUGAUGGCCAAUGCUCAUGCCGUGCAAGCGUUGUUGGCGCAGGUGGCUGAGCUCUCGACCCAGAUAUUACAUCUUUCAUCUCCCACUGCGCCAGCACCACCGUCCGUUCCCCACUCAUCCGCCAGCACGCAACAGGAACCUCGCAUUCCUGCACCUGAGAGGUAUGGUGGAGAACCUGAUACUUGUAGAGCUUUUUUGUUUAAAUGCUCUAUUUAUUUCUCUCUGCAACCUAACACGUUCUCUUCUGAGGAGUCUAAAGUAGCGUUGGUUAUGACGCUAUUGACUGGACGAGCGGCGUUAUGGGGAGCGGCGGUGUGUGAAAACAGCCAUCCAUGCUGCUCCUCGUUCCAUUCCCUGUCGCAGGAGAUGAGGCGAGUGUUCGACCGUUCGGUGGCGGGACAGGAGGCUGCUCGCAAGCUCGCGGACCUGCGGCAGGGAGCUCGACCUGUUUCCGACUACGCCAUUGAGUUCCGCACCCUGUGUGUACGGAGUGUAAAUGGAACGAGGAGGCGCAGUGGGAUGUGUUCCUGCAUGGGCUGGCCAACCGUGUUCAACAAGAAAUUUAUUCACUGGAUUUACCCACCACUCUUAACGGACUGAUUGAGCUCGCGCUGCGAGUGGAUGGCCGUUUGCACGAACACGCUGAACGCAGGAAGCCUGUAGCACGUCUCGAAGAGCUGGUUGCUUUGGGGAUCAGCGGAGAGAGCACGGUCGGUCCCCUGUUCGAUCCUGAGCCCAUGCAGGUGGGGAGAGCUCGGCUCUCCCGGGAGGAGAGGACACACCGGAGGGAGAAAGGACUUUGUUUGUACUGUGGUGGAGCUGGACAUUUUCUUAAAGACUGCCCAAUAAAAGACAAAGCCCGGCAGUAGGACCGAGGUUACUGUCGGGCGGUCUAACCUUGGAUAAACCCUCGUCUGCGACGCUCCUCCCGGUGAGACUGCAGUGGGUAUCGGGACAUCACACCUGCCAGGCUCUGGUCGACUCAGGCGCUGAGGGAAGCAUUAUGGACUGGGAUCUGGCGAUACGUUUGCACAUUCCUAUUCGCCCUCUGGGUCGCGCCAUAUCUGUUUUCGCUCUCAAUGGACAGAAAUUACCCACCAUCACACACGCCACGGAGUCCAUAACCGUCAUCAUUUCCGGUAAUCAUACUGAACUGCUGUCAUUUUACCUCUCCAGAUCUGUUCAUCAUCCCAUCGUCCUGGGGCAUCCAUGGCUGGUGGAACACAAGCCCAGGAUCGAGUGGGGCCAGGGAUCCGUGGCGGAGUGGAGUCAGCAUUGUCAUGCGUCUUGUUUGUUGUCUGCGUGUUCUUCUGUGUCUCGUUCUGUGUUGCAGGAGGAGUCGGUGAACCUGUCAAACGUGCCCCAGGAGUACCUCGACCUGAAGGAAGUGUUCAUUCGUUGCAGGCUGUCCCGGUGUCGUGUGUUCCGUGUUUCACUUCCCGUUUCCUGGAUUUCUGGACUAUCGUCUUGUGCCCGCGUCUGGGUGGAUUAUAUGAACUGUCGUCUUGUGCCCGCGUCUGGGUUGGAUUAUCCUUGGUUUAUGAUACCCACUGCAGCCCUGCGCCACCCUGUUCAUCUGCCUCCGCACGCCAUUGCUUCAGCACGCCUCAGUCACUGCAACGACUGCCCAUUUGGAGUGAAGUUAUUGUACAGCGUAUUCUGUCAAUAAAUAUUGUUUUACUUGCA